GUCUGGCGCUCUCUAUGGUCCCAGGCCGCCAGCGGCGCGGCUGCUGCACUUCCGGGCGCCGUUCCAGUGAUGAGUUCCCUCUCCUGUCCCUACCAGGAUGCGGAAGAUCUCAGUGCUGCUCUUUCUGGGCUGGGUCUGCUUCCUCUUCUACGCCGGCAUUGCCCUCUUCACAAGUGGCUUCCUGCUCACCCGUUUGGAACUCACAAACCAUAGCAGCUGCCAGGAGCUCCCAGGCCCUGGGUCCCUGCCAUGGGGGAGCCAAGGGAAGCCCGGGGCCUGCUGGAUGGCUUCACGAUUCUCCCGGGUUGUGUUGGUACUAAUAGAUGCUCUGCGAUUUGACUUUGCCCAGCCCCAGCGCUCACAUGUGCCUGGAAAGCUACCUGCCUCUCUACCCUUUCUGGGCAAACUAGUCUCCUUGAAAAGGAUUCUGGAAAUUCAGCCCCACCAUGCCCGUCUCUACCGAUCUCAGGUUGACCCCCCAACCACCACCAUGCAGCGCCUCAAGGCCCUCACCACUGGCUCACUACCUACCUUUAUUGAUGCUGGCAGUAACUUUGCAAGCCAUGCCAUAGUGGAAGACAAUCUCAUUAAGCAGCUUACCAGUGCAGGAAGGCGUGUAGUCUUCAUGGGAGAUGAUACCUGGAAAGACCUUUUCCCUGGAGCGUUCUCCCAAGCUUUCUUCUUUUCAUCCUUCAACGUCAGAGACCUACAUACAGUGGACAAUGGCAUCUUGGAGCACCUCUACCCCACCAUGGACAGUGGUGAAUGGGACGUGCUGAUUGCUCACUUCCUGGGUGUGGAUCACUGUGGCCACAAGCAUGGCCCUCACCACCCUGAAAUGGCCAAGAAACUUAGCCAAGUGGACCAGGUGAUCCAGGGACUUAUGGAGCGCCUGGAGAAUGACACACUGCUGGUGGUGGCAGGGGACCACGGGAUGACCAUGAAUGGGGACCAUGGAGGGGACAGUGAGCUGGAGGUCUCGGCUGCACUCUUUCUAUACAGCUCUACACCCCUCUUCCCCAGCACCCCACCAGAGGAGCCAGAGGUGAUUCCUCAAGUCAGCCUUGUGCCCACACUGGCCCUGCUGCUAGGCCUGCCUAUCCCAUUUGGGAACAUCGGGGAAGUGAUAGCCGAGCUGUUCUCAGGGGACAAAGACUCCCAGCCUCAUCCUUCUGCCCUAGCCCAGGCCUCAGCUCUCCAUCUUAAUGCCCAGCAGGUGUCCCGAUUUCUCCACACAUACUCAGCUGCUACCCAGGACCUCCAUGUUAAGGAGCUUCAUCAACUGCAGAAGCUCUUCUCCAAGGCCUCUGCUGAUUACCAGUGGCUUCUGCAGAACCCCCACAGGACUGAUGUGACACUGCGGACUGUGAUUGCUGAGCUACAGCAGUUCCUGCGGGGUGCUCGGGCCAUGUGCAUCAAGUCUUGGGCUCGUUUCUCUCUGGUCCGCAUGGCAGGGGGUGUUGCUCUCUUGGCUGCUGCCUGCUUUCUCUGCCUGCUGACAUCCCAGUGGGCAACAUCCCCAGGCUUCCCUUUCUGCCCUCUACUCCUGAUCCCCGUGGUCUGGGGCCUAGCUGGGGCCAUAGUGUGUGCUGGACUCCUGUCAGUUAAUGGGCUUAAGCUAGAUUCAGUAGUCCUAGGGGCUGUGGCUGCAGUAGGCUCCCUCCUGGCUUUUCUAUGGAAAGCCUGGGCUGGCUGGGGGUCCAGAAGGCCCUUAGCAACCCUGCUUCCCAUCCCUGGUCCUGUUCUAUUACUCCUACUAAUCCGCUUAGCUGCCUUCUUCUCUGAUAGUUUUGUUGUAGCUGAGGCCAGGGCCACCCCCUUCCUUUUGGGCUCACUCAUCUUGCUCCUGGUUGCCCAGCUUCAUUGGGAGGGCCAGCUGCUGCCACCUAAACUGCUCACAGUACCCCGCCUUGGCUCUUCAGCCCCAGUAGGCUCCCCACGGCACAGUGGCACAUAUGCCCUGAGGCUUGGAGUCGGGUUGCUUUUAUGUACCAGGUUAGCUGGGCUUUUUCAUCGCUGCCCUGAAGAGACACCUGCUUGCCAUUCCUCUCCCUGGCUGAGUCCUCUGGCAUCCAUGGUUGGUGGUCGAGCCAAGAAUUUGUGGUAUGGAGCUUGUGUGGGGUCACUGGUGGCCCUCUUAGCUGCUGUGCGUCUGUGGCUUCAUCGCUAUGGUAAUCUGAAGAGUCCUGAGCCCCCUGUGCUCUUUGUACGCUGGGGGCUGCCUCUAAUGGCACUUAGUACUGCUGCCUACUGGGCUUUGGCAUCAGGGGCAGAUGAAGCACCGCCACGUCUCCGGGCCCUGGUUGCUGGGGCGUCAGUUGUACUGCCUCGGGCUGUAGCAGGGCUGGCUGCCUCUGGGCUCAUGCUGCUCCUCUGGAGGCCUGUGACUGUGUUGGUAAAGGCUGGGGCAGGUACAUCAAGGACCAGGACUGUCCUGACUCCCUUCUCAGGCCCCCCCACUUCUCAGGCUGACCUCGAUUAUGUGGUCCCUCAAAUCUACCGACACAUGCAAGAAGAGUUCCGAGGCCGACUAGAGAAGACCAAACCUCAGGGUCCCCUGACCGUGGCUGCCUAUCAGUUGGGGAGUGUCUACUCAGCUGCUAUGGUCACAGCCCUCACCCUGUUGGCCUUCCCACUUCUGCUAUUGCAUGCAGAGCGCAUCAGCCUUGUGUUCCUGCUUCUGUUUCUGCAGAGCUUCCUUCUCCUGCAUCUGCUUGCUGCUGGGAUACCCAUCACCGCCUCUGGUCCUUUUACUGUGCCGUGGCAGGCAGUCUCAGCUUGGGCCCUCAUGGCCACACAGACCUUCUAUUCCACGGGUCACCAGCCUGUCUUUCCAGCCAUCCAUUGGCAUGCAGCCUUUGUGGGAUUCCCAGAAGGUCAUGGCUCCUCUACCUGGCUGCCUGCUUUGCUAGUGGGAGCCAACACCUUUGCAUCCCACCUCCUCUUUGCAGUAGGUUGCCCCCUCCUCCUACUCUGGCCCUUCCUGUGUGAGAGUCAAGGGCUGAAGAAGAGGCAGCAGUCCCCUGGAAAAGAAGUAGAGGCCAGAGUCAGGCCUGAAGAAGAAGAGGAACCACUGAUGGAGAUGCGACUCCGGGAUGCACCUCACCACUUCAAUGCAGCACUGCUGCAGCUGGGCCUUAAGUACCUCUUUGUCCUCGGUGUUCAGAUUCUGGCCUGUGCCUUGGCAGCCUCCAUCCUUCGCAGGCAUCUCAUGGUCUGGAAGGUGUUUGCCCCCAAGUUCAUUUUCGAGGCCAUGGGCUUCAUUGUGAGCAGCGUGGGACUUCUCCUGGGCAUAGCUUUGGUGAUGCGAGUGGAUGGUGCCGUGAGCUCUUGGUUCAGGCAGCUAGUUCUGGCCAAGCAGAGGUAGCAUAGGCUGUGGUUGCCAGUACUGGGCUAUAGAGAGAGCUGGAGAACAGUCUAGCCUGGCUUGUACAGGUGCUGGAUGAUCUGCAGGAGAGGCUCAGCUAUACCUCCAGCCACCAUGCUGCUGGCUUAACAGGCUGCUGGCUUCUGGGACUUCCUUAUUUAUACUUCCGAUUCAGUGGAGCCUGAUCCCUAACUUCUGAUGUGGAUGUGUCUGAAGGACUUGGGAGUGGUCUCCAAAGUGGAAUAAAAUAACAAUAUAAAUAUGUGUAUCUGUGA